UUGUGGGGGUUUGUGAGGGAGCAAGAGAGAGGAGAGUUGAAAAGCUGAUCUGCUGCUUUACAGUAAAACCCAGAGAAAGUGAGCACUAACGGAAAUGUGGUUUUAUCCCGCCAGGAAUUCUAUUUAGCCCGCCAGGAAUUAACUUUGACUAUAAAUAGGUCAUCAAUGAUCCUUUCAGAGAAUGUUCAGAGACCUCAACUUUGUUUAGAGACCUUGUGUGGGUGGAACUUCCUGUUUGCACAGAGAGCAGCAUAAAGCCCUGUUGCUCCGGGGAGUGUUUGGGACCAGACCAAUUGUAGGAAGUGGGAGACAAUACAGUCUGGUCUCCUCCGGUCCUUUCCCCCGGCAGCAUGGGGAAGAACAAACUCCUCCAUUCAAGUCUUGUUCUUCUCCUCCUGGUCCUCCUGCCCACAGAUGCCUCAGUCUCUGCAAAACCACAGUAUAUGGUGCUGGUCCCCUCCCUGCUCCACUCAGAGACCCCUGAGAAGGGCUGUGUCCUUCUGAGCCACCUGAAUGAGACAGUCACUGUACGUGCUUCCUUGGAGUCUCUCAGGGGAAACAGGAGCCUCUUCACUGACCUGGUGGCAGAGAAGGACCUAUUCCACUGCGUCUCCUUCACUGUCCCGCGGUCUUCGUCCAGUGAGGAGGUGAUGUUCCUCACUGUCCAAGUGAAAGGACCAACCCAGGAAUUCAACAGGCGGACCACAGUGAUGGUUAAAAACAAAGAGAGUCUGAUGUUUGUCCAGACGGACAAAGCUAUCUACAAACCAGAGCAGACAGUGAAAUUUCGUGUUGUCUCAUUGGAUGAAGAUUUUCGCCCCCUGAAUGAAUUGAUUCCACUAGUAUACAUUCAGGACCCCAAAAGAAAUCGCAUCGCACAAUGGCAGAGUCUCCGGUUAGAGAGUGGCCUCACACAACUGUCCUUUGCCCUCUCAUCAGAGCCCUUUCAGGGCUCCUACAAGGUGGUGGUACAGAAAGAAUCAGGUGGAAACGUAGAGCAUCCUUUCACUGUGGAGGAAUUUGUGCUUCCCAAGUUCGAAGUGCAGGUGACAGUGCCAAAGGUAAUCACCAUCUUGGAAGAAGAGAUGAAUGUGUCAGUGUGUGGCCUAUACACAUAUGGGAAGCCUGUCCCAGGACAUGUGACUGUGAGCAUCUGCAGAAAGUAUAAUAAUCCUUCCAACUGCUUUGGUGAAGAGUCACAGGCAGUGUGCGAGACAUUUAGUCAACAACUGAACAGCCAUGGCUGCUUCUCUCAGCAAGUAAAAACCAAGAUCUUCCAGCUGAAGAGUCAAGGGUACAAAAUGAAACUUCACGUGGAGGCCAAUAUCAAAGAAGAAGGAACAGGAGUGGAAUUAACUGGAAGAGGAUCCACUGAAAUCACAAGAACCAUAACCAAACUCUCAUUUGUGAAAGUGGACCCAUACUUUAGACAAGGGAUCCCUUUCUUUGGGCAGGUGCGCCUAGUGGAUGGGAAAGGUGUCCCUAUGCCAAAUAAAAUCAUCUUUGUCACAGCAAAUGAAGCUAACUAUAAAUCCAAUGCUACCACAGAUGAGAAUGGCCUGGCACACUUCUCCAUCAACACCACCAAUGUUAUGGGUACCUCUCUUACUGUUAGGGUCAAACACAAGGAUCAAAAUAUCUGUUAUGGCUACCAAUGGAUAUCAGAAGAGAAUGAAGAGGCAUAUCACACUGCUAAUCUCGUAUUCUCCCUAAGUAACAGCUUUGUGCACCUCGGGCCCAUGCCUGGUGAACUGCCCUGUGACCAAACUCAGGAGGUCCAGGCACAUUAUAUUCUGAAUGCGCAGGCCCUGCAGGAGCUGAAGGAGCUCGUCUUCUAUUAUCUGAUAAUGGCAAAGGGAGGCAUUGUCCGAACUGGAACUCAUGUACUACCUGUGGAGCAGGGAGAUAUGAAAGGCCACUUUUCUGUGUCAGUCCCUGUGGGGUCAGACAUUGCUCCCGUUGCCCGGUUGCUCAUCUAUGCCAUUUUACCCGACGGGGAGGUGAUUGGGGAUUCUGCAAAGUAUGAAGUUGAAAAUUGUCUGACCAACAAGGUGGAUUUGAGCUUUAGCACAGCACAAAAUUUCCCAGCCUCACACGCCCACCUGCGAGUGACGGCUUCUCCUCAGUCGGUCUGCGCCCUCCGUGCCGUGGACCAAAGCGUGCUGCUCAUGAAGCCCGAGGCUGAGCUCUCCCCGUCCUCGGUGAGUUCCCGGCAGCUUAUGGGAUCAGGAAGGGCCACGCGAGGGGCUCAGAGGAAGGAGAAAUGCCUUCCUUUACAGGAUAUGGGCUUAAAGGUAUUCACCAACUCAAAGAUUCGUAAACCCAAAGUAUGUCCACAGCCUGAACAUUAUGCGAUGCGGACAUCUCAAGGUCUAGCCUAUUUAGAAGGAGAUGUAGGGCGAAGAGGCCAUGAACGUGCAAAUAUUAUGCAUGUUGAAGAGGCUCACGCAGAGACUGUACGAAAGUACUUCCCCGAGACAUGGAUCUGGGAUUUGGUGGUGGUGGACUCAUCAGGUGUGGCCGAGGUAGGAGUAUCCAUCCCUGACACCAUCACGGAGUGGAAGGCAGGGGCCCUCUGCCUGUCCCAAGACACUGGACUUGGUCUCUCUCCCACUGCCUCUCUCCGAGCCUUCCAGCCUUUCUUUGUGGAGCUCACGAUGCCCUACUCUGUGAUCCGCGGAGAGGCCUUCACACUCAAGGCCACUGUCUUAAACUACCUUCCCAAAUGCAUUCGGGUCAGUGUGCAGCUGGAAGCCACUCCCGCAUUCCUAGCUGUCCCAGUGGAGAAAGAACAAGAGUCUCACUGCAUCUGUGGGAACGGGCGGCAAACUGUGUCCUGGGAAGUAACCCCAAAGUCGCUAGGAAAUGUGAAUUUUACUGUGAGCGCAGAAGCACUAGAGACUUCAGAGUUGUGUGGGACUGAGAAGCCUACAGUCCCUGAAUAUGGAAAGAAAGACACAAUCAUUAAGCCCCUAUUAGUUGAACCUGAAGGACUAAAGAAAGAAGUAACAUUCAACUCCCUGCUUUGCCCAUCAGGUGCUGAGGUAACUGAAGAAUUAUCCCUAAAGCUGCCACCAAAUAUGGUAGAAGAAUCUGCCCGAGCCUCUGUCUCACUUGUGGGAGACAUAUUAGGCUCUGCCAUGCAAAACACACAAGAUCUCCUACAGAUGCCCUAUGGCUGUGGAGAACAGAAUAUGGCCCUCUUUGCUCCAAACAUCUAUGUUCUGGAUUAUCUAAAUGAAACACAGCAGCUGACUCCAGAUAUCAAGUCCAAGGCCAUCGGUUAUCUCAACACCGGCUAUCAGAGACAGUUGAUCUACAAGCACCAUGAUGGCUCCUACAGCACCUUUGGGGAGCAACGUGGCAGGAGCCAGGGCAACACCUGGCUCACGGCCUUUAUACUGAAGAGUUUUGCCCAGGCUCGAAACCACAUCUUCAUCGACGAAGCACACAUCACCCAGGCCCUCACCUGGCUCUCCCAGAAGCAGAAGGGCAACGGCUGUUUCAGGAGCUCUGGGUCACUGUUCAACAAUGCCAUGAAGGGAGGAGUAGAAGACGAAGCGACCCUCUCCGCCUAUAUUACAAUUGCUCUUCUGGAGAUUCCUCUCCCAGUCACUCAUCCUGUUGUCCGCAACGCCCUGUUCUGCCUGGAGUCAGCCUGGAAGUCAGCAAAGGAAGGAGCCAGUGGCAGCCAUGUCUACACCAAGGCGCUAUUGGCCUAUGCUUUUGCCCUGGCAGGUAACCAGGACAAGAGAGCAGAAGUACUCAAGUCCCUUAAUGAGGAAUCUGUGAAGAAAGACAAUUCAGUCCAUUGGGAGCGACCUGAGAAACCCAAGGCACAAGUGGGGCAUUUUUACCAGCCCCAGGCUCCCUCUGCUGAGGUGGAGAUGACGUCCUACGUGCUCCUCGCUCACCUCACAGCCCAGCCGGCCCCCACCUCGGAGGACCUGACUUCUGCAACACACAUUGUGAAGUGGAUCACAAAGCAGCAGAAUUCCCACGGCGGUUUCUCCUCCACCCAGGACACAGUGGUGGCUCUCCAUGCUUUGUCCAAAUAUGGAGCAGCCACUUUUACCAGGACUGGCAAGGCUGCACAGGUGACCGUCCAGUCUUCUGGGGCAUUUUCCACCAAAUUCCAAGUGGACAACAACAACCGCCUGUUACUACAGCAGGUCUCAUUGCCAGAGCUACCUGGGGAAUACACCACAAGAGUGACAGGAGAAGGCUGUGUCUACCUCCAGACAUCCUUGAAAUUCAAUAUUGUCCCAGAAAAGGAAGAGUUCCCAUUUGCUUUAGAGGUACAGACUGUACCCCAGACUUGUGAUGGAGCCAAAGCCCACACCAGCUUCCAGAUCUCACUGCAAGUCAGUUACACUGGGAGCCGUCCUGCCUCCAACAUGGCGAUUGCUGAUGUGAAGAUGGUAUCUGGCUUCAUUCCGCUGAAACCAACGGUGAAAAUGCUUGAAAGAUAUAACCAUGUGAGCCGGACAGAAGUUAGCAACAACCAUGUCUUGAUUUACCUGGAUAAGGUGUCAAAUCAGACACUGAGCUUUUCCUUCACGGUUCUGCAAGAUAUUCCAGUACGAGAUCUGAAACCAGCCAUAGUGAAAGUCUAUGAUUACUAUGAGACAGAUGAGUUUGCAAUUGCUGAGUACAAUGCUCCUUGCAGCAAAGAUCAAGGAAAUGCUUGAAGACCACAUGAAUGAAAAGUGCUUUACUGGAGUUUCUGUUCUCAGGACUCCACAGAAGACAAGUGUUGUUUUUUGUUUUGGUUUGGUUUUUUAUCUCUAAAGACUUGAUGAAUAAACUUUUUUCUGGUCAAUCUC